AUGCGGCGGGUCUGGGCUGUAUUCAGGGCUCACCCUUACGUCGGGAACGUGCUCGGCUACACCACGCUUUUCGCCUCGGCUGACGUCAUACAGCAGAGCGUGCUGGGGGGGGGACACGCGAGACCCGGCAUCGACUGGUGUCAGACGGCUCGCGUGGCCACUGUGGGGUUCUGUUUCCAUGCCAACUUCAACUACUUCUGGCUGCGGGCGCUGGAGCGCGCGCUGCCGGGGGGCGGGAUCAGGGCGGUGACCGGGAAGGUGGCGGUGGAUCAGAUGGUCGCUGCCCCGCUCACCAUCAGUGCCUUUUAUAUCGGUUUAAGUUUACUAGAAAACAAGGAUGACGUGUUUGAAGACUGGAGACAGAAGUUCUGGACCUCUUAUAAGACUGGAGUGAUAUAUUGGUCAAUAAUGCAGGCAGUGAACUUCACCCUGGUUCCUCCUGUGGCUCGCACAGUGUUUCUGGGAGGCAUCGCGCUGACUUUCACCAUCUUCCUGUGUCACCUCAGACAGCAGAGUGACAACAAACUUGAAUAAACCUAAGAUCCUCAACUCCAUGACUAAUGUUUUUGUAUGGAACAACUGUGACAUUAAAACGUUUUUUGAGGGCAGGAUUGGGUGUCAAAGUUAUACUGAGAAAACAAGGGAGGGAAUACAUAGAAAUAUGUGGUAAUUCCAAAU